UUACACAGUAGUUUGGAAGACAUCCGGUGAGCAUGAGACACCCAGCAGCCAUCUUUGUGUGUCAGGCGGACUAAGCAUUACCCAGAGCCCCAUCACGGUGCCUCCACCUCACUCACUGAAACAUGAAAGACACAGUGACCAGAAGUUCCUGAAACUCACCAACAAGAUCAUUCAGCUGCUGACUGGAGAGGAGGAGGAGUAUAUAGAGGAACACAGGGGUCUGUACAAGGACGUGAUGAUGGAGAAUCACCGGCCCCUCACAUCACUUGAUGGGCCCAGUAACAGAGAUACCCCAGAGAGAUGUUCCUGUCCUCUGUAUUCCCAGGACUGUACAGAGGAGAAUUACAGGACCCCACAGGAGGAUCAGGUAGAACAUCUGUCUGAUAUUAAAACAGAAGAUAUAGAGGGAGAAGAAGAGACGUAUGUGACUUGUAUAAAGGCAGAAGAUAUAGAGGGAGAAGAAGAGACGUAUGUGACUGAUAUAAAGGCAGAAGAUACAGAGGGAGAAGAAGAGACGUAUGUGAAUGAUCUAAAGGCAGAAGAUAUAGAGGGAGAAGAAGAGACGUAUGUGACUGAUAUAAAGGCAGAAGAUACAGAGGGAGAAGAAGAGACGUAUGUGAGGGGUGAUCAACAGUGUAAGGAGGAGGAAAUCCCUACAGAUAUCAGCACAGCAGAUGGACACACAAGCAGGAAUAUCUCAGAAGGACAUCUUAUGUUAUCCCCGGAUUGUGACAUAAAAGAUAAUGACAGUAGACAUGAUUCUCCAGGAGAUAACCCCAUUAUCCCAAUUAUACAUCCAGCUCUAUCAGCUGGUCCUUCUGAUCCAGGGAAAUGUUCUCCUGAUCACUCUGAUAUUGGUACAUCGGUAACAGCUCUGACAGUAGACACAGUGUUUCCCUGUUCUAUAGAUGCCAUAUGUUUUACACAGAAAACAAAGCUUAUUACCCAUCAGACAGAUAAAGCAGGCAAGAGGCCAUUUCCAUGUUCUGAGUGUGGGAAAUGUUUUACAUACAAAUCAGUUCUAGUUACACAUCAGAGAAGGCACACAGGUGAGAAGCCAUUUUCAUGUUCUGAGUGUGUAAAAUUUUUUACACAUAAAUCAGCUCUUGUUAGACAUCAAAGAACUCACACAGGUGAGAGGCCAUUUCCAUGUUCUGAGUGUGUAAAAUUUUUUACACAUAAAUCAGCUCUUGUUAGACAUCAAAGAACUCACACAGGUGAGAGGCCAUUUCCAUGUUCUGAGUGUGGGAAAUGUUUUGCACAGAAAUCAUAUCUUGUUGCACAUCAAAGAAGUCACACAGGUGAGAAGCCAUUUCCAUGCUCUGAGUGUGGGAAAUGUUUUAUACAGAAAUCAAAUCUUUUUACACAUCAGAGAACUCACACAGGUGAGAAACUAUUUCCAUGUUCUGAGUGUGGGAAAUGUUUUACCCGAAAAUCAGAACUUGUUACACAUCAUCGAAGUCACACAGGUGAGAAACCAUUUCCAUGUUCUGAGUGUGGAAAAUGUUUCACAGGGAAAUCAGCUCUUGUUAGACAUCAAAGAACUCACACAGGUGAGAGUCCAUUUCUAUGUUCUGAGUGUCAGAAAUGUUUUGCACAGAAAUCAGAUUUUGUUGCACAUCAAAGAAGUCACACAGGUGAGAGGCCAUUUCCAUGCUCUGAGUGUGGGAAAUGUUUUAUACAGAAAUCAAAUCUUUUUACACAUCAGAGAACUCACACAGGUGAGAAACCAUUUCCAUGCUCUGAGUGUGGGAAAUGUUUUACCCGAAAAUCAAAACUUGUUAUACAUCAUCGAAGUCACACACGUGAGAAACCAUUUCCAUGUUCUGAGUGUGGAGAAUGUUUCACAGGGAAAUCAGCUCUUGUUAGACAUCAAAGAACUCACACAUGUUAGAAACCAUUUCCAUGUUCUGAGUGUGAGAAGUAAAUCAGCUUUGUUUCACACAAUAGACAUCACACAGGUGAGGAACCUUUUUAAUCUCAUCAUCACAAUUGCCAUGCAUUGUUUCUCAAGUUCCUGUCCUAUCUCCUUUGCUUUUUGCAAUAUGCAUGCUGCUACUGGGUGAAACAAUCAGAUAUCAUACCCUGGUCUACCACUGCUAUGCAAGUAACCUGUCUUUCAAUAACAUCCUAGUGGAUACUGGGGUGGUAUUCGUACCAUGGGGUAUAUAUCGAGUCCAUUAGUGUGUGCUGGCUCCUCCCCUCUAUGCCCCUUCAAGCAGACUCAGUUUAGAAAAAUGUGCCCAAGGAGCCGGGUGCAUUCUCUGGAGCUCCAGAGAGUUUUCAUCAAAAUUUAUGUUCGUUUAUUAUUUUCAGGCAGCGCUGGUUGGCACCAGACUGCCUGCAUCGUGACACUUAGGGUGGGAACCGAACCAACUUAAUAAAGAGUUAAUGGUUCGUAUCCCCACUGACAGGACACUCGGGUGUGAGCCCACGCCAGUAGCAUGCCGCCACCCCUAACAUUGCGAAGUAGAUGCAUUGAGUAAUACGCAGGGGUCCCAGUAAGCAGGUCCCUGGUGCAAAUGGCGGCAAAAGGGUGCGGCAGUCACAGGCCUCGAGCUGCGGUGCCUGCUGUGGACCCCACACUGGCACACUGAACAUAGGGUUACUCUCUUUAUAUACACAUGUAUUACAAGGUGGUUUUACUAUUUAUGUCAGUAUAAUCUGCUAGGGUCCGCAUGCCAUGUAAGGGGCGGGGCUUCCCAGAGAGCGGGUCCAGAGACUGGAAAGGCGCCAUUUCCUGCUGCUGGUUACAGACUGCCCGCUCAAUCUGCUCCUCCACAGAGGCCACUGCACCAUGUUUUGUACUGGCACCAGGGGGUCUGAUAGAAAGGGGGGGAGUGCAUAUAUAGUGGUUACACCGCUGGCCACAAAACGUGUAAAACAUACCCAGCGGAGCCCUGCCCUGAGCUGAGGUAUUGUGUGCUGGUCCCAGUCCUCUCUGUGUUCCUCCAAUCAGGGUGUUCUGGGUUACUGUGCUGUUCUCUAUUGUGUGUCAUUGCACUGUGAUAUAAAUAUCUGUUUUCUGCUUUAAGCAUGUCUGAGGAAAAAUCUUUGUGUCCUUCUUGCAACACCAAGUUUACAUCUUGCAACACCAAGUUUACACCCUCUUCCCAGGGGUCCCUGCUCUGUACCAGCGUUCUCUACCUUCACAGGGUAGUGCUUUGCAGGAACCUGCAUGGUUGGACUCAUUCAAAACAAUGAUUACAGAUAUAAAGUCACCUGCUGCAAAGCAGGAGAGACAAACCCUGAAACAGUCUGUAGAAGAGUUCAUUAUUAAGACUGCUGAUCACAGACAGCCAACUCAGCCCCCUCUGGUGGUCUCAUAAACGUACACUCCCACAGGUGCUCCAGUCUGACACUGACACUGUACUACCAGAGGAUGUGGAGCUGGAGGGGGAAGAUGACAACACACUGUCCCCGGAAUAGGCAGGUGUGAAUUACGGUAAUUGAAUCACCUUGGUACAUUUGGUAUAUAGGGUUUGGUCCCAGAGAAGUGUGUGUCGAUGGCAGUGGCAACAGGGUGAUCUGUGCUGGGAUGCCGGAGUCUUCGACUAACGGAUAAGUUUGACUUUCAAUCAUAUAUUUCUAAGUGCUGCAUUGAUGUUGAAUAUCUCUUGGAUUGGAGAGAAACAUUUGCUUUUUUGGCUUGAAUAUUUAUUGAUAUAUAAGUAUUUUUCCUUCACCAUUGCCAUUUGAUAUGUUUUUUUUUU